AUGGAUUUUGUUACGAUGUUGCUGAGGACGGUGGGAAACUUUAUCCACUAUCUCUCGACAUUUUUGGCUGGAUUGGUGGUUGGUGUCGUUUCCGCAUGGAAGCUAGCUCUUCAUAGUGUCGCAAUCAUUCCUCGAAUCGCAUUUGCAGGUGGAUUAUACGCUUAUACUCUUACAGGUCUCACUUCCAAAAGCCGUGAAUCAUAUGCCAAUGCUGGCAUCAUCGCUGAACAGAUGAUGGAAGAACUAUUUCUUCACUUGUAUGCACAAAACUCAACUCUUCCAGCUAUGGUUCAAAUUCUUGCUGGCUUUGCUACUUCUGAUGCUCUGCAGUUUACCCCAAGACUUAAAGGUGUGCUUUCCAAAGUUCUUCCCAUUUUAGGGAAUGUUAAAGAUCAACAUCGGCCAAUUUUUGCAAAUGAUAUUGUUGCUGCAGCUAUGCUUUCUCGAAACAGAAACUUUGAAGGGCGUGUUCACCCACUAACAAGAGCCAACUACCUGGCUUCACCUCCCUUGGUUGUAGCUUACGCACUUGGCGGCACGGUAUGUGUAAAAUUACUCUUGUACCCUCAAAGAAACACACAACACAAGUUCAUAUCAUGUUUUUCAUGUUGUGUGUUUUACGUCGACAUCGACUUCGAAAACGAACCAAUUGGGACCACAAAGGAUGGAAAGAAUGCCUAA